ACCGCGGAGGGAGCUGGGGGAGUGAUUGGAAGUGGAAAGCACGGCCUGGCUGCAGGGUCUGGGUUGAAGGAGGAAGCACCGGGGUAGGGAAAGGGGUUCCGGCGGGAGAUGCGCAGCGUGGCAGGCCUCGGUGCACCGUUGCAGGGCGUCGACCGCAGCAUGUGCGAAGGCCCGUCCCGCAUUUCGGGGCCCAUUCCCCCAGAUCCUACGCUCUGCCCUGACUACUACCGGCGACCCGCCUCGGCCCAAGGACGCCUCGAGGAAACCGCUUUGAAGCUGGACCUGCUGACAUCGGAACCUGAUUUGGACGCUGCCCCUCCCCGUGGCCCCCGCAUCAGGCCCGGAGCCCGAGAAAUCCUGGAGCGUAGCCAACGAGGCAUGGGGGAUGUGCUGCUGCAACUGGGAGACAUCUCCCUCUGUCCAGGAGCUUCUCCCAAGAGGAAGGACCCUAAAGACCAUGAGAAGGAAAAUCUGAGGCGGAUCAGAGAGAUACAGAAGCRCUUCCGAGAGCAAGAGCACAGCCGGGAGCAGGGCCAGCUCAGGCCCCUGAAGGCACUGUGGCGGUCACCCAAGUAUGACAAGGUGGAGUCCCGACUCAAGGCCCAGCUGCAGGAGCCUGACCCCGCCUCUGCAACAGAGCAUGCCCACUUCCUGCGGGCACACUCCCGCUGUGGCCCUGGGCUCCCACCACCCCGUGUCCCCAGUCUCCAGCUAACCCCACCAGGAMCCAAAGCUAAGGGAUCAGGCCUGAGUGUGGAUUUCAUUAGUCACAAUGCCCAAGCUGCCAAGAGGGCCCCCCGGCGCCAUUCCCGCUCACUGCAGGCCCUGGCACAGGUGCUGGAGCAGCAACGUCAAGCCCAGGAGCACUACAACGCAACACAGAAGGGCCAUGUGCCUCGUUACUUGUUGGAGCGCAGGGAUAUGUGGCGGCGGGAGGCUGAAGCCCGCCAGCAUAGCCAGCCAGACCCUGACAUGCCCCCUGGUCAUACCUGCAUGCCUGAGAACCAGCGGCUGGAAACACUGAAUAGUCUGCUCCAGAGCCAGAGCCAGCUGCUGCGUGAGCUAGUACUGCUACCUGCCGGGGCAGACUCGCUGAGAGCCCAAGGCCACCGUGUUGAGCUGGACCGGAAGCUGGUGCAGGUAGAAGAGGCCAUCAAGAUCUUUUCCCGGCCCAAAGUCUUCGUGAAGAUGGAUGCCUGAGCCCCUUUGUUGGAGCAGUGGCAGGAAGAUCCACACUGAGGAUUGCCACAUGGCUGCAAGAGGCAACAGGCCCGGUUAUACAGCAGAGGUCCAAAAAGAGGAGCUUUCUGGGCAGGCAAUAUACCCAGAGUAUUCUUCCCAGCUAUCUGUGGUUGUAGAAGGGCCAUCCCAGCCUUUAAACC